AUGGAAACAACACUCAUUGACAGUAAUGAGAACAAAUACAGAGCAGCAAGUCUUACUGCAUUUCUGUUUACAUUCUUCACGUCAGGAACCAUGUAUCCGGGGUCCAUGUUUGUGGAAGAUGCUCUUCAAAGAGCGAUCAAGUUGACUGAUGCUGCCUAUGCCAAUACAAAUGAAAGGGUGAAGAUGUCUCUGGCUGGAGGUGCUCUGAGGCCCAGUGAUCUACUGGCCCAGUUCAAACAGACUGGAACCAGAACCAGGACUCACAUCCAUGCUGCAGAGCUAUUGGAGAACACAGUGGAGCUUAUCAGAGAAAUGGUCUACACCCAUACUAUGGUUCAACCCAGCCCGCAUGAGCUGCUGAGUGAAGAAGAAUGCAGAAUCUGCUGCAGGGUGACAGGCUGCUCGCUCAACUGCAGAGGCCCAGCUGUCCAGACCACCUGUCUUUCUGAGCACGGUUACCGAUCCAUCACAGGAGAAUGCAACAACAGGUGAAAUCCCAGAUGGGGGGCAGCCAAUACUCCGUAUUCACGCUGGGUGCCUCCAGAAUAUGAGGAUGUGUGGGGGACACCCAGAGGCUGGGACCCAGCUCGCACCUACCACAAUUCCACCCUGCCUCCAGUGCGGUUCGUGUCUCAGGAAGUGCUCUUCACUCACAACAACAACAUCUCUCUGGACUCCACUCUGUCCCACCUGUUGGUAGAAUGGGGCCAGUGGAUAGAUCACGACUUGGUGCUGACACCCCAGAGCCCCAGCACAGCAGCCUUCAGGACAGGAGCAGACUGCAUCCAAACCUGCAGCCGCAACACACCCUGUUUCCCUUUACAGAUCCCACUAUCAGAUCCUCGCUAUGGUCUCCAGAGUUGCAUGCCUUUUUUCCGCUCUGCUCCUAGCUGUGUUGCUGGAUUGUUGCCUCAUCGGCACCGGGAGCAGCUGAACACUAUCACCUCCUUUGUUGAUGCCAGCAUGGUAUAUGGCAGCUCAGACAGUCUGGCUUCAGCUCUGCGAAACAACUCCUCUCCUCUGGGCACCAUGGCCACCAACCCUCACUACUCAGACGGAGUUCUCGCCUACAUGCCCUUUAUGCCACUUCAGCAGGCUCAACUGGAUCCCUGUGGUCCUCGGAACACUAAUGCUUCAGCAGCAUCAAACAGAUCCAUAUGUGGGAAGAACACCACAUCCUGCUUUCAAGCUGGUGAUUCAAGAGCCAAUGAACACCUGGGAAUGAUUGCAUUGCACACACUCUUGAGGGAGCACAAUCGGUUGGUCAAAGAGCUUCAUUUGCUCAACCCUCACUGGAGCCCUGACACCCUUUAUCAAGAGGCCCGGAAGAUCAUAGGAGCCAUUCACCAGAUUGUAACAUGGGAGCAGUAUUUGCCGCGGGUUCUUGGUGAAAGCGCCAUGUCUGAGCUGGUGCCUCCCUAUGAGGGCUACGAUCCUGAAGUGGAUCCCAGUAUUGUUAAUGUUUUUGCAACUGCUGCAUUUCGUUUUGCACAUGUCACUGUGCAGCCGAUAGUAGCCAGGCUGGGGCCGGGAUAUGUCACUAACCCCCAGCAUCCCCCACUACCGCUUCAUGAAUCACUGUUUGCCUCUUGGAGGAUUGUGCAAGAAGGUGGAAUAGAUCCUGUGUUGCGUGGUCUUUUGCUGUCUCCAGCCAAGCUACAGAUGCAGGGAGAGAUGAUGGUGGAAGAGCUGACAGAGAGGCUGUUUCAGGCACAAGGAGGGAUUCCUCUGGACCUUGGUGCCCUGAACCUUCAGAGAGGCCGGGACCACGGCCUACCUGGAUAUGGAUCAUGGCGAAGAUUUUGUGGCCUCUCUAUUCCAAAUACUACGUCCGACCUGACAAAAAUCCUUGAUAACCUCGCUUUGGCUCAGAAAUUCCACUUCCUGUAUGGGACGCCACACAACAUUGAUGUGUGGGUGGGUGCGAUCUCAGAGCCCACUCUUCCAGGUGGCAGAGUUGGACCGCUCCUGUCCUGCCUGCUGGCAAAGCAGUUCAGAGCUUUGAGAGACGGGGACAGGUUUUGGUGGCAGAGGGAGGGGGUGUUCACCAGCAGUCAGAGACAACACCUCCACAGAGUGUCUUUAUCCCGCAUCAUAUGUGACAACAGCUACAUCACACAUGUUCCUGUUGAUCCGUUCUCACGCACUGAGAGCCCAGACGCCAUAUUGGCUUGUUCCCACCCCCUCAUCCCCCACCUUGACCUCAGCCCCUGGAAGGAACCAGAUACAGAUCCUAGCUGUGGUCCCAUCCCAAGGAUUCAGUCCGGCUACUCCAUCCUCUGUGACUCAGUGAUUCUCUAUCAGUGUCACACGGGCUUCAAUCUGUUAGGGUCUUCAUCUGUGAGCUGUGAUCCUGGAAGCUAUCAGUGGAGCCCUACACCCCCAACCUGCCAAGAUAUUGAUGAAUGUGAUGAACAGAUUUCGUCUUGCCCACAAAACAUGGAAUGCUUCAACGUACCUGGUUCCUUUAUUUGCUCAGAGUCGUCCUUGCUGUCAGCCGUGUCUGUCACUGCAGUAACCGUGGUGAUUGGUGGUGUGGCCCUGCUGGUUAUGAUCAUGAUCUGUUAUAGAAAGUAUUUCAACAAGAAAGAAGUGUUGGUCCAUGCUGGAUGUUGUAAAGACAAAAGUUAAUCAGCAUUAAUAAAAAGCGGUUUUAGUGAU